GUAAAAAUAUGUACGCAUUCAAGUGUGCAAUGCGAAACAAAUAAACUAGGCUUUAAAGUCGUGUAAACGGAGUAUUGCAUUCAAGACGCUGUCGUGAUAUUUGUGCUUUUUACAUUAGUUAAAAUAGUGAAGGAUUAAAUAUUUCAAGAUGUUUAUAACUUUUGAGUAGUGAAACAAACUUUCUUGAAAAUUAUGCUGUUUAUAUGAAUGGAUUAUGAUAAUAGCGUGACGUCACAGUCUAAUUACAAGGGGGCAAUAUAAAAACUAUUGUCGAAGUUUCUUCAUGUAACGCGAUAUUGUUUUUUUUUUUUGUGCGACAAAUUAAUGGAAUGGAAGGUGGCCAAGUCAAGGUAUUAAAAAUAUUUAGAUCUAGAUCUAAAUCCGAGUUUUAAAUUGUUAAUUAAAAAAUAAUUUUUGAAAUAGAUUUCGCGGAAGCAUUUUCUUUGGACGUGUAUUUAUUGAACAAGUGACCUAGAUGCGAGUGUCGAUUAUCAGAUUGUUGGUAUUAUAUUCACAUGCAUGCGUUGGCCUGUGACUACGGUGAUGCUUUCGAUUGUGAAGGAUUUAAAAUGUCUUUUUUUCAGUUUGAGGGGGCUCCUUGCCUUCAACAUUGUAACUACAUCUUUUAUAAAGCUUUCAAAUACAAAUUAAACGAACUUUAUAGAAUAUUGGCUAUUGGCGAUUUUUUCUUCUUGAAAAUAUUACAAGAAAUUGUUUGCAUCGGUGAAAUAGAGCUGUUGUGGGAAGACAAGGCAUCGAAUCAACUUUUAGCGAGUCUUAAAUUAUAUUUUCGACCUGAACAUACACCCGAAGGGAGACAUGAUGAUACUGGAGAGGAUGAAGUGAUUGCCCUAGGUGAGAGGCUGGUGUUGAAGUUGGAGGACCUGGUCCCACUGAUCCAGAGUGAUGUCAAGUGGACCUAUGGCAGCUCAACUCAGUGCGCCCUCAAAGGAGGGGAGCUGGGCAGCAAGGUGGCCCAGAACAAUGGGGACAGGAGGAAGGAGGUGGACUAUGUCAAGGAUGGUUGUGAUAAGGGCAAGAGCAGCUGCCCUGGGAGGCUGGGCUGUGGCGAGGGCAGGAACGGUGUCCUGGUGCAGGAUGAGAACGGCAUGAGCAGAACCUGCACGGUGUCCAUAGUCAAGCUGGAAAACCAGGACUUUGAAUCUGAUAAAGCUGUAAGCGGAGCUGCCAAUGUGGCAAUUCUUAGCUACCCCAAAUAUUGCCGUUACAGAGCAAUGCGCAGACGACUAGAAGGCUGUGAAAAUGAAUGGCUGAACCUUGCCAUUGUUGUAGCCAUUGGUGGGUUUGCUGGUAAAACUCCAGGCUGUAAGGUGAUGUUUUGUAAGGAAACAUUUGAGCAGUCUGAAUUAGAAACACUGGAGAUACGCAUGGACCAUAUGUUGCCAGUUUUGAAAAGUCGCCCUAAGGCAAAGAAGAGCAAGCAGCUAUCAAGGAAAGAUUCUCAACAAGACUCUGACAGCAUGGAAGAAAUGUUUGCUAAUGUAACACCCUCAAUAUCCUCAUCAUCACGGCCGAGGCGAUCAACUGAAUCUUCUGAUAUCACCGAGGAGAAAGUGAGUACAGAGGAACAAGCUUUCCUUAUUGGGCUGCACAAGUUCAUGCACGAUGCUAAGAUGCCUAUUGGAAGAAUUCCUUCACUAGGUUUUAAACAAAUAGAUUUGUUCUACUUUUACAAGCAAGCUGAAAAACUAGGAGGGUAUGACUCUAUAACACACAGGAGAAUGUGGAAGCAUUUAUAUGACAAGCUCGGGGGUAAUUCAAGUAAUACCAGCGCUGCUACCUGUACUAGAAAACACUAUGAAAGGCUACUGCUGCCUUAUGAAAGACAUCUUCAUAAGAUGAAGGUCAUCAAAGCAAAGAAAAAGCACCGCUACUUGCAGGAGACUGAUGCGAGAGUAGAACAGGUGGACAAGGACACUGGUGAUACUAGUCAACAAGAGAGUGUAGAGGUUAAGGAGGUGAAGGAGGAAAUAUGCCAGGAGAAGGAGGUGAAGGGAGAUAAUCCUGAGCCUACCAUUAAGGAUGAAAUAAAAAGAGUAAAUGAAAAUGUAUCCAAUGCAAACACCAACGAAUCAAUAAUCCGUAAAGAAAAACUUGUGGCUGGUAUGACAGAACAUUCCAAGCAAGAGUCCCCUGUAGAAACUGAGGUACUGGAGAUUCCAGUCAUUCGACACUGCAUUGCUGGCAACAGUGCUUUCCCUGCACUGGAGCUGAAGAGCUUUGAUGGGGCCCUACCCUACUCUCAUAUGGAGCAACUUCACCAGCAGGCUCUCAAGUCUUCAACAAUGUCAGCUGGGGCUGCCAUACCAGGGGAUAACAACGGCAUACCUUAUGCAAAUAUGAUGUACAGGGGAGGCUUGUUGAUGCUCCCCCCACAGAUGAUGCAGCCACCUUGGGGUAUGGUGCCCACCCCCAACUCAACAGCUCCGGCAUUGUCGCCUCUUACCAAAAUGGACUCUGGAUUCUUUUCACCCACUGGGACCAAUGAUCCUUCUAUAGCAGCUCUCUCACCAUCUUCAAAGUCAAAUCAAAACCUUGGGCAUACAGGUGGCGCUUUACCCCAUGACUCACAUUAUAAAGCUGGAAAAAUGUUCAUGUCUCCCCAGACACAACAGCCAUCGUCUUCAGGCAGCUCUGGGCCAACCAUACCAAAAGCUGCGCAUGUAAGCUCGCCCUACAAACCUCCACCAUAUCUGCCCAAUGACCACAUUCAGCAAGUGCGAGGCCACAGCAAAAGUCUAUCUCACCAUUUCAGCACCAAUGAUAUACUUGUGAACUCUAGUCAAAACUUGGCGCCUAUUUUGCACCCAACGCCCCCGGGCCACAGACCACAGCCUCACCUUCCGCCAGCUCCACUGUCUAUUUACCUCCAUCCAACAUCAACAAAUCCAUUCUCUCCACUCCAGUCACCAAUCACCAGCCCGCCGCCUGCAGCCCACAACCAGCCUCGCAAGAGACCAUAUCCAUUUGAUAACGCUACAGCACCUGCCACAGCUGUUUUCCCCAGCCCUGACAUUGUCUUAGACCGCAUCAAAAGCUCCACAGGUCUUCCCCGCAGCAAUGCCGCCAUGGUUCACCCAUCCAGCAUUAGACAACGAUUCGAUGAUCCUCGGCAGAUACUGAGACAGGCACCUCAGUCGUUUUCUGCCAGCCAGAGCUCCCCAGCUGUAAGAAAACAGCCAGCUCAACAGACAAUGCAUAGCACUAAACAAGAUAGUACAAGGUUGAAGAACUCUUCUAGGAAAAAUGUUCAACAUUAUCCUCCCUCAUUUCCUCCUAUGCCACCAUUAGAACUUCAGCAGCCAUACAUGCACCAGGGCCAUACAAACAGUAAAGUGAUGGAUCAGUUGCGGUCCCCCAAUAACUCUAAUGGAUUAUUACCUAGCCAGCAACAAUCCUCAAGUAAAACUAUGCCAUCCCCACAUUUGUCCAGCUCUGUGGCCACCUCAAGUAAAGAUGGACGCCUCACCUCAGCAUUAUUUGGUACACAGUUUACAGCAUUACCCAGAUCGACCAAGUCUGAGCACCAAAGCCAAGCAGUUCACAUGCCAGAGUCGCCCUCUGCUCUCUCCAUGAAUUCCCAACUUCACCCAGCAUUCAUGAGUCUUUACAUGCAGCAAGGGGCGCAGGCUCCUGUACCAAGCAUCAACCAGCCCAUUCAGAUGUUGACCUAUGCCACGCCUGCCCAGUUGGCUGCGUAUGAUGAGAUGGUGCGUCAGAAUGGAUAUGGUGGUUUUCUAGCUGCUGGCCAAAUGCAGCAGAUAAAAGCACCAAAGAAAAACUGACUAUUACAAAGACAUUAGAAUUAAUAGUAAUGUUUAAUUGGAAAAGUUUAAAGAUUUUUCUACCUCUUUUUUUUUUGGUUGGUAAUUUUUUUUUCACUUGUAUAUUUGAGUUAUCUGCAUUUUACUUAUGGUUGUUACUGCAUAAUUUAUUUUCAAACAUGAAAUUUUUGAAAAUUUCUUAAGCAAACUAGGUCAUCCUUUAAACUAGUAGCCAUUUUAAAACCUAUUCCCAUAAAUUAUUU